CUCUCCAAAGGCGACAAAGGUGGUACCUUUAGCUGUGUGUCCAACUGAGGAAGGGAGAGAGGGAGAGAAAACGGAUUGGACUUUGUUUGAAAUUGCAAAGCUUUUCAAAAAUCUAGGGCUUUUCUGUUUCGUCUGGACGAUAAAUCUUUCAUUUUUUUUUUGUAUUUCUCUCUCUCUCGCCGAUUUUUUUUCCCUUGUCGACGAUUCGAAAUCAAUAGAUGGGGAAUUUGUUCGUGAAGAAACCAAAGAUCACGGAGGUUGAUCGGGCAAUUCUCUCUCUCAAAACCCAGAGGCGCAAACUUGGUCAGUAUCAACAACAGCUGGAGAAAGUAAUUGAAGCUGAAAAGCAAGCUGCUAGAGAUUUGAUCCGCGAGAAGCGGAAGGACAGGGCUUUGCUAGCAUUGAAGAAGAAGCGGGCGCAAGAAGAAUUACUGAAGCAAGUGGAUCAAUGGGUCAUCAAUGUCGAACAACAAUUGGCAGAUAUUGAACUUGCUAGCAAGCAGAAAGCAGUCUUUGAGAGCUUAAAGCAAGGUACCAAUGCAAUUAAGGCGAUUCAAAGCGAGAUAAACCUUGAUGAUGUUCAAAAACUAAUGGAUGACACGGAGGAGGCCAAAGCUUAUCAAGAUGAACUGAAUGCCAUAUUGGGCGAGAAACUAUCAGCGGAAGACGAGGAAGAGAUAUUAGCAGAAUUCGAGAACUUGGAAAGUCAGCUUAUUGUUGAAGACUUGCCUGAAGUGCCUACGACAGAGGCACUGUCUGGAGAACCCGAGAAGCUUGAUCUCCCCGAUGUACCGACCAAAGCACCUGUGGAAAUCACUCCUACUGAAGCUCCUUCAAAGAGAAAAGUUCUUGAAGAACCAUUGCCUGCUUGAUUCAAGAUUAGAUGAAUCUAAUCUACACAUGUUUCAUGGAGUGUUAAUCUCUCUCAUCUGCACAAGUUGUAUGCAGACCCUCAAUCUCCUCUUUUCCAUUACAGUUUCUUCUGACACUUUCCUUUUAGGGUUCCUAAAGAUCUGUGUAAUUUCCUCCUACAAAUUUGUAAAGAAUGAAAUUCUGUGACUUUCCUCUGAAUAUAACAAAUAGCUGGCUAUUGCAUA